AUGGUCUCGAAACCUAUACCGUGGUAUUUAAGUCAAAAUAAUCUGGACGUAGUAAGCAAGUUUCAGUACAUUCAGCAUCAGGAAGAUUUGAGACUUCGGGAUGCGACUUUGAACCCGGAAGGCUCGAAAUGGAGUUUAGGCGUGUCUGUGAAGCACACCAAUCGCGAGCGCAACAGAUACGUUAACAUCAUGCCUUAUGAACGCAAUCGGGUGAAGCUGAAACUGAAGUCCGGAAAUGAUUAUGUGAAUGCUUCAUAUGUCAAAGUUCAGGUCCCGCGCCAGUCGCUGCGUGCUGGCCAUUAUAUUGCAACCCAAGGCCCGACCGAUCGUUCGGCCUCCCAAUUCUGGCAGAUGUGCUACCAGCAAUGUCCUGGGGAGAAUAUGGUUAUUGUAAUGGUUACACCACUCGUGGAACACCACAGGCGCAAAUGUGCCGAGUACUGGCCCCGCGAACCUGGCUCGUGUGUGACGGUGGCUCAAGAACAAUGUGGAGAUUCGAAAUUUGAAACUGGUUUAGAAGUUCGCAACAUCAACGUGGAGCACAGGGCCGCUUAUACUCUGAGCACGCUACAAAUCGUGCCGUCAGACGUUCGAUUUCCACAGAAAACGGUGCAUCACUUUUAUUUCGAACGGUGGCGCGACAUGUCGAAACCUGACGAGGUUUUACCAAUACUGGAAUUAUCAAGGCACUCCCACAGACUAAAUUCUCCGAACAACCCAAUGAUUGUGCAUUGCUCUGCCGGUGUAGGUCGUUCAGGAACGUUCAUAACGCUCGACCACUUAUUUCACGAUACCCACGAUUUUGCCACUCCUCAACCUGGUCAAGAUUACCAACACGAUCUGAUAGAGCAAAUAGUACUCCAGCUACGCUCACAACGCCUCAAGAUGGUCCAGACAGUCGAUCAGUAUCUAUUCAUCUACCACGCUGCCCAACAUGUCUUUGAUCUCUCGUAG